ACUAUGCCUGUGUGGCUCUCUGAAAUAAAUAGAAGCCUCCUGGCCACUGGAAAUCCAGCUGAGCAAGAAUCAAGAUUCACUUCAGUUUUGGUGAGUGGAAGUGACACCUGGAGCUAGAAUGAGAGCCAAGCAUCUCGUGUUCUUUUGGGUGCUGUGCCUUGCCUGUCAUAUUACGGUUGCAGACAUUUUUGAGCCGGUGCAUCUAGGCUGCAAGUGCCUAAGAGUGACGUCCCAAUUCAUCCGUCUUGCAAAAUAUGAAAGAGUAGAAAUUUUUCCCGCUGGACUUGCCUGCAAAAAGAUGGAAAUCAUAAUCACGCUAAAGGAUGGAGCCAAAGUAUGUGUUUCUCCGACGGCUAGAUGGGUGCAGAAUUUGCUGCGGAUGCUGCACGAAAGACAAUGAAAACAUGGACCCAGGAAAAUUAAUGAGAAACUGAAAGCAUGGAAGAAAUCAUCCUAAUCUGCCACUUUCAGUUUGCCUUCUAAUCUUAUAGUUCCCUCUACACGAAACAGCAGUUUACAGCCAUCGUAACCCUUUGGAGGUUCAGAACGAUGGGCGUCAGCAAGUGACUUUAUGCUUUUAGGAUAACACAUGGCAUCGGCAUUGUAAAAUUCUCUUUUAAAAAGCUUGGCAUGUCUGGCAAACCAGCUAUUAAUGAUAUUAAUUAUAAACAGCCAAUGAUUUCUCAGGUACCUAUAGAUGUUAUAGCAAAGCUGUCAAAUACACCUUGAAUCAUUUGAGUUGUA